CGGUCACUGGGUCAGGCUGUUCCUCGCGCCACGGCUCUGCGCUGCCAGUGGAAAGAGGAUUGGCCAGAGGGGUGACCUCUAAUCCUGCGCCAGGACGGGGCAGCGGCUUACUUGCCACUGAGCGUCUGCAGGACAGGGCAGCAGCAGCAGCAACACUCCAGCUCCUCUACAGUUGGCCUAAUUGAGAAACCAGUGACCAGUGGAAGAUGGCAAGCUCCUUCACCCGAAUGAUGUCCGGCCGCCACAGGGCAGUGCUGCUGGCCAGCCUGGGCGCUGGGGCCCUCACCGCUGGCUACGCCAUGACUGACAGUGCCGCCGCUGAACAGAGGAGGAAGAUCUACCCCCCCAGUUCGGACUACCCUGACCUGCGCAGACACAACAACUGCAUGGCAUCUGCUUUGAACCCCGCCAUUUAUGCCAAGCUGCGCGACAGACUCACCCCCAACAACUGGACCCUGGACCAGUGCAUCCAGACCGGCGUGGACAAUCCCGGGCACCCCUUCAUCAAGACUGUGGGCAUGGUGGCUGGAGAUGAGGAGAGCUAUGAGGUGUUUGCUGAUCUCUUUGACCCAGUCAUCACAGACAGACACAAUGGCUAUAACCCUCGGGUCAUGAAGCACCCAACCGACCUGGACAGCUCUAAGAUCACCUCGGGGGUGUUCGACGAUAACUACGUGCUGUCCUCGCGCGUGCGCACGGGCCGCAGCAUCCGGGGCCUGAGCCUGCCGCCCGCCUGCAGCCGCGCCGAGCGCCGCGAGGUGGAGCGCGUGGCCGUGCAGGCCCUGGCCGGCCUCAAGGGCGACCUCGCCGGCCGCUACUACAGCCUGGGCGACAUGACCGAGGAAGAGCAGCAGCAGCUCAUCGAUGAACACUUCCUCUUUGAUAAGCCCGUCUCUCCUCUGCUCACUGCAGCAGGGAUGGCCAGAGACUGGCCUGAUGGCAGGGGCAUUUGGCACAACAAUGAGAAGACUUUCUUGAUAUGGAUCAACGAGGAGGACCACACCCGAGUCAUCUCCAUGGAGAAAGGGGGAAAUAUGAAAAGGGUGUUUGAUAGGUUCUGCCAUGGCCUCAAAGAGGUUGAGAGACUGAUUCAGGAGCGAGGCUGGGAGUUCAUGUGGAACGAGCAUCUGGGCUACAUCCUGACCUGCCCCUCCAACCUGGGCACUGGCCUACGGGCGGGGGUUCACGUCCGCCUACCCAAGCUCAGCAAGGACCCGCGUUUCCCCAAGAUCCUGGAUAACCUGCGCCUGCAGAAGAGGGGCACUGGGGGCGUGGACACGGCAGCCACAGGCGACACCUUUGACAUCUCAAACAAUGACCGUCUGGGCAAAUCAGAGGUGGAGCUGGUCCAACUAGUGGUUGAUGGUGUCAACUACCUGAUUGACUGUGAGAAGAAACUGGAGAAAGGCCAGGACAUCAAGGUCCCUGCCCCCAUCCCCCAGUUUAGGAAGUGAGCCCUUUGUGGGUGAAACUGAGGGUCUUACAUGUGCUAAACUCAAUAAACCGUACUGAACACUA